CUACCUGCUUUCUGCUCACUAUUUGAACGAGGUUGGAGAAGGAUGUACCCUGGGGACGAGGUUGAGUUGAGCGCCCAGCCUGUACACUCUAUUAUGUGUGCAUGUGGUAACUGCAACGAGUACAGUUAAGAUUUCGCAGUGAUUCCGGUCAAAUUCUAUGUAUGCUGAUCACUUGAUAGAAGUUGAUGGCGACUGUACGUUACUUGGACCGGAAAUUGCUCCGGAACAUCAUUCGUCACACGGAGACGCACAAUCGGCUGCAGGAGGAAGACGAGAUGUGGCGUGGCAAAGCUCAGGAGGCAUUCGGCUGGAGGGACCGUCCAUUCUCUUCACGACGCAGGAGAGGGCGCAAGCUCAAUCGCGAAAGGUUUGAUGGACAGAUGGAUCGACUCCAGCGAAUGAACCCAGAUACAAGAAGCCCUCAAGAUCGCUGGAAUUGGAACGGUGAGCGCAACAGGGACAUCUACCGGACGGAGCUCGGAAACCAUGAAAGGUGGGGUCACACUGGCUUUAUGGAGCUGUACCCAGAGGAGUUCAUCAAUAAAGACUCCAUGGAUGAAAUGAGCAACGAAGAAGAUAAAGAGGACAAAAGGAGGAAGAAGAUGAAAAGGAAACACAAGAGGAAACGUGAAUCCCAGUGGGAAUUGUCCUCCAACAAGCGGCACAAAGGCACAGAAAGCUGGAGCUCAUCUUCCGAGUCAGAUAUUUCCUCCGCAUCGUCCGACGAGCAACAAGUAAAAACCUCCGCAGCCAGAAAAAGGACUCACCGCUCCCAACACAGAGAACAGUCCGAGCACCGCCGUAAACACAGAAGGGUGCCCUCUAUUGACGGGUCUGCCAGCAGGAUCAACCAGCACCCCAAAGUGAAAGAUGACACAAGUUACCACAAGAGGGCGCCCUUCAGAAGCCCUGAAAAGUCCAACCAACGGUUGAGGCAUAGCGACAAGAUGGAAGGGGGUAAAAAAAGAGCCAGCGUGGACAGGAAAAGAGAAAGGCGACACAAGGACGAGAAGGUGAAUGGCCACAGAAGCAAAGACAGAAUACAUACAAGUCCAGAUUCUCAAAAGACACGUGGUGUCGACAACGGGCAGCACCGGAAAAGAACAGUUGAUGGCGAGAUGGAGCAUAAACAGGACCAAGACGAAACGAGAGAAAAAAGGCGUCGCAAGGAACUCACGAAGGCUUCAAGCAGCAGUCGGGCCGAGAGAAGAGAUAGGUCAGAGGAGCAAGAUCAUAGUAGCAGUCACCGUCACAAGUCUUCUAGAAAAGCCAAGAAGCGACAUCAAGGGGAAAAAGACACCAAACACGCCAGACGAAAAUGAUUGCUCUUAGAGUAACUGAUAGUUGUUGGGUGGACUUUCCCCCAAAGACUCUUUUUUUUUUUGGAAGCUGAAGCGUGCAGUGAGCAUCUUCCUUCCUGACAUGCCUGAGAACAUUUGUGCGAGCCUCCCAAAAAGUAUUGCAACUUCAUGUUUGACUGUGUAGUAGAACCAGAGUUGCUGUACCAGGACAUAUCGUCACUUUUUCAUUGAGGGAUGGACAUGUCCAAUGAGUGAAAUUAUUUCGGUUUUGAGAUUUUUACUUUUUUUUGCUUUAAAACAUCGCUCUCAACCAUUUUGACUUGCUUCUUCAUGCAAAACCUGAGUAACGUCUUAGUAACAUUAAUUUU